AUGGAAAAACACCUCACUCCCCCCCCCCUCCGUGAGCGAACAAAACCAUUAGAAAAAUCGCCAUUUUUUGACCAAAAACCCACCCUCCGUGAGUGAACAAAAAUUUUUUUUAUAGAAAAAAUUUUAAUGGAAAAAAAUUUUGAUAUAUAAGUGAUAAUUAGUAUAAUGAAAUCUAGAGCUAAUUCUGUUUAAUUUUAAACAAAUUGCGUUUUAAAACAUAAAUUUUGCAAAUUAAAUUAAUAUUUGCUUCCCAAUUUUUGCAAAUUAGGAUUUUUUUAAAUUUCGAAAAAAAUAUUUUUUAUAAAAUUUAUAUAUAAAUUUUUUUUAAAAAAAAAAAUUUAACCCCCCUCCGUGAGCGAACAAAAUUUUUUUGUUCGCUCACGGAGGGGGGGGGGGGGGAGUCAGGCAUCAGCUAGAGCUACUUCAAACAGAGCACAAAGCUGAGGAAGAGGAAAACUACACACACAGGACAAAAUGCAGUCACAAAGUGCUAGAAAAUGAAGGUGUUUUAAUUAAGAAAUUAACUUGCAAAGGAGUCAAAGCCGGACUAUUUGGCCGACUUUUAGUGAAAUUAGCUAAACCGUUCGGAAAAUUACCGACAAACAAGUUUGGAGCUGGAGACGUGGUAGGGAUAUUUUCCAGUGACAUUACUGAUCCUGAAGAUGAAGGAAUUGUUUAUAAAAUUUCUUCAGAUCACAUCAUCAUUGCAUGUGAUAGUUUUAGCUUACAAGAAGUCUCAUGCUCUAUUGUAAUGCUUGCUAAUGAAGUCACUUUCCAGAAACAGAGAAAAGCAAUAGAAAACGUGCUUGCCUUGAAGACUGAGUCUCAUGCGUAUAAUUUAUCACAAGUGUUGCUUGGGGAGUCUGCUCCGAGGAUAAAGCAGCCGGAUAACAUAGUGCAAAUAAUUAACCAGGAUUUGAACCAAAUUCAACAAAAUGCUGUACAAUUUGUGAUGAAUGAGUGCUUGGAUGUAGGAAUAAUACAUGGACCGCCGGGGACAGGGAAAACGACGACAGUUAUUGAAGUGAUAUUGCAGGCUGUAAGUAAAGGGCUAAAAGUCCUUGCUACUGCAUCUUCUAAUAUUGCUGUAGAUAACUUAGUGGAAAAAUUAGAUGGAAAAACUAGCAUAUGCAGAAUUGGGCAUCCUGCAAGGAUGAUUCCUCACAUAAGCAAGUAUUCUUUAGACAAUCUUUUAAAGCUGUCAGAUCAAGCAUCCCUUAAUGAUGAUAUCAACCGAGAAAUAAUGCAAAUUAAUCGGCAGCUCCAAGGAUUAAAAGGAAUUGCUGCAAGAGAGCUUAAAAGACACUUGCGAUCUCUCGAAAAAGAAAAGAAAAUGCGAAGCAACAAAGGAAUUGAUGAAGUUUUUUCCAAGAGUAAUGUAAUUUUGACUACAAAUAUAUCAGCAGGACACAAAUUCUUGCAAAAGUUCGCUGAAAAAAUCAAGGGCUUUGAUUUAGUUAUAAUUGAUGAAGCCGCACAAGCUCUUGAAGCAAGCUGCUGGAUCCCAAUUUUGCUUGGUAAAAAAUUAAUUAUGGCUGGAGACCACAAUCAGCUGCCUCCUACCAUCAAGAGUGAAAAAGCUGUCAAAGGAGGCUUAGAUGUCACACUUAUGGCAAGAAUAUGCAGGAUUAAUUCAGAAACAACAAGAAUGCUUGAGUUACAAUAUAGGAUGCAUAGGCUAAUUAUGACAUGAUCAAGCCAAGAAUUUUAUAAUGGAAGACUUCAAGCUGAUCCUUCAGUCGCUGAGCAUAGAUUAGCCAAUUAUGAGCCUGGUCCUUUAGUAUUUGUAGAUACUAAUGGUGCAGGGUUUAAUGAUGCUGGAAGUGCCUCUAAAUACAAUUUAAAGGAAGUUGAUAUUGUUAGGGACUUAGUGCAAGAGCUUCUGGAGGCUGGGGAAAAAGACAUUGCGGUAAUUACCCCUUAUAAUGCUCAGGUUGAAUUAUUGAAAAAUUAUAUACAAAAUGUGGAAAUUUCAACUGUGGAUGGAUUCCAGGGCAGAGAAAAAGACGUUGUUAUUAUGUCACUUGUGAGGUCUAAUAAUAAAAAAGAUGUCGGGUUUUUAAAAGACUUUAGAAGAAUGAACGUAGCAAUCACAAGAGCGAGAAAAUUAGUUUGUCUGGUAGGAGACUCUGAUACAGUUGGUAAUUCCAAAUCUCCUGAGUUUUUACAAAGGAUGUGCCAAUAUUUUAACGCCAAUGCAGAAUUAAGGAAUCCUAAUUUGUUUAAUAUUGGUGCCACUAACCCGAUAAUAGUAGAAGAUUUUGAGGAAGAAAAAAUGCCUAACUCCGCUCCUCCGUGAGCAAACAAAAACAUUUUGUUUGCUCUCGGAGGGGAUAAAUUUUUUUUCUCAAUAUUUUAAAAAAAUUCCAAUUCGUAAAAAUUGAGAAGCAAAAAUUAAUUUAAUUUGUAAAAUUUAUGUUUUAAAAUGCAACUGUUCAAAAAUUAAACAGAAUAGCUUAAGAUUUCAUUAUAAUAAUUAUCACUUAUAUAUUAAAAAAAAUUUUGUUCGUUCACGGAGGGUUUUUGGGGCAAAAAAUAUGAUUUUUCCAAUGGUUUUGUUCGUUCAUGGAGGGGAGGAAGUAAGAAAAAGUCAGAUAAAAAACCAAAGAAAAACGUAAAAAGCCAAGCCCAGCAAUUUAAAGAGUGGCAUGAAGCUAAAAUUCAGAGUAAAAAUGAUUUAAACCAAAUUCUAGAAGAAGUUAAAUCUUUUAAGCAAAAUAAAAAUGCUGAAGAAUAUAUGGCAAGAGAUUUAAAUGGCUUUGAAAGAAAACAAGUCCAUGAUUUGUGUGAAAAACUAAAAUUGUUCCAUUACUCAAGAGGAAGCGGUAAAAUUAAAAGCAUUUUGAUAAUGAAAAAUGAAAUUCCUGAUGAUAACCAUGAAUUUGAAAGAUUUGAAGAUGAAGAAUUAGAAGAAAGCGAAGAAAAUGAGGAAGAAAAAGGUGAAAAACAAAUAAAUACUAAUAAAGAAGAGGAAAAAAAAGAAGAAGAUAAAGUUGUUGACAUUAAAAUUAUCACAAAAGAAAAACCACAGAAAAAUAAACUAAUUAAAGCAGUUCCUGAAGGAGAAAAUAUUGAUGAAAUGGAAUUUUUAGAUCAGCUGAUAAAUCAAAAUAAGUAUUGCAACUAUAAAGGUUGCAACAAGCCUAUUGUAAAUUUGAUGCAAACAUGCAAAUUUUGCAGAGGAGUUUUUUGCUUUUCUCAUGGCGUUGCAGAAGUUCAUGGGUGUGGUGAUGCUGCUCAUCAAAGUGCAAGGGAAGGGCUUAAAGAUACAAUUCCAAAACCACAUUAUAGCUCAAGCUCUCAUUUGCAAAAAGAAGAGCUUAAGAGAAGAUUGAAUGAUAAAAUUACAAAACUUCAAGAGAAGCAAAAGCCAAAAAAUAAGAAAAAGAAGAAAUAA